CUCUCUCUCUCUCUCUCUCUCUCUCUCUCUCUCUGCUAUUUUCCUUCCAUCGUAAGGAAUUUGAGCAGGGAAUUUUGGGCCUUGUCUUACUCUCCUCCUGUCUAGUUUCUUCUCUACUCUUUGCUCUUUUCUUGGCCGAGGGUCGGUGGGUUCUCCGAGCUUUAGAUCGGGUGGGUGGUUGGUGGUGGUGGUGGUGGAGGUGCGAUCAUGGGGCCCAUUAGAGGGUUCCGGAAGAGGAAGAGGGCCGAGAGGUGCGUCGCCGCUGCGUCGAUGGCGUCGGAACAGGGAACUGGUGAUUGGUGGGAUGACUUCUCCAGAAGGAUUACAGGACCCUUAUCUUUAUCAAAAGAACCAAAAAAAUUCGAGUCUGUCUUGAAGAUCUCAAGGAAGACCUUCAACUACAUAUGCUCAUUGGUGAGGGAGGACUUGAUGGCAAAGACAACUAACUUUACAUUCACAGAUGGAAAGAUCCUGUCUGUGGAUGAUCAAGUAGCUGUUGCUUUAAGAAGGUUGGGUUCUGGUGAGUCACUACUGAAUAUAGGAACAUCCUUUGGGAUGAACCAUUCAACUGUCUCCCAAGUGACUUGGCGAUUUGUGGAGACUAUGGAAGAGAGAGGAAUUCACCACCUCCAAUGGCCAAAUUCUGAAGAGAUGGAAGUUAUAAAGUCCAGAUUUGAGAAAAUCUGGGGUCUGCCCAACUGCUGUGGUGUCAUUGACACCACCCACAUCAUGAUGUGCCUGCCUUCUGUAGAUUCUUCCAACAAAGUGUGGAUUGAUUAUGAGAAGAAUUACAGCAUGAUCCUGCAGGCCAUUGUGGACCCUGAGAUGAGGUUCCGGGACAUUGUCACCGGCUGGCCCGGUAACAUGAAUGAGUUACUUGUGCUGCACAACUCAGGAUUCUGCAAACUGUGUGAAAAAGGUGCAAGGCUGAAUGGAAAAAAAAUGGAGCUUUCAGAAGGAUCAGAGGUGCGUGAGUAUAUAAUUGGAGAUGCCGGCUUCCCCCUCCUUCCCUGGCUUCUCAAUCCCUACCAAGGGAAGGACCUUUCAGAUUCCAAAAUUGAGUUCAACAAGCGACACUCUGCAACCAGAAUGGUGGCACAGAGGGCAUUGGCAAGACUGAAGGAUAUGUGGAAGAUUGUUCAGGGGGAAAUGUGGAGACCUGAUAAGCAUAGACUGCCAAGAAUUAUUCUCGUUUGUUGCUUGCUUCACAACAUAGUCAUAGACUUGGAAGAUGAAGUGACGGAUGAGGUGCCCUUGUCUCACCACCAUGACACCAGCUACAAGCAGCGAUAUUGUGAUGUGGAGGACAAGUUUGGAGUUGAACUGAGGGAUAAGUUGACUCAAUACUUGUCUGGUAGAUUGCUGUCCUGAAAUGAUGAUUCCACCACUUCUCUUUCAUUUCACUUUUAUAAACCCAAAGGUGACAAUUGAUGGAUGAUGAGCUUAAUUUCAUCUUUCAAUGCUGAGUUCAGUGGUAAAGAGGCACUCAGGUUCUCUGUUUCGUAUUCUGGCCUGUUCCAUUGAGCUGUCUUAGUGCUGGAACUACAGUGGUCCAGUGCAGAAGAGCACUGUGCAAAAUUCUGUUAAUGACUAUCAUCAUUUAUAUGAAUGUAACCAUUUGAAAAUAAUCGUAACUGCAACUCAAGUUCUCUCAUAUUAAGAACUUUCAUUUGCCGAAGAACA